AUUCAUGUGUCGGUGGUCCAAGUUCCGCCACCUACCCGCGUGAUGUAUGUACAAUACCUAUCUGUUACCAUGGAGGACUGACUUGGAGACUCGCAAAGGCAGGGCAUCAUUGCUGUGAACUACCCGGCACGUGCCUAUGGCAUUGGCCGUAUGUGCACGGCGACGGAAGCGAAGAAACUAUGUCCCAACAUCAUCAACCAGCAUGUCGCGACCUGGCGAGAGGGCGAGGACAAGUGGGCAUACCGCCCGGAUUCCGCCGAAAACAUUGCGACUGACAAGGUUUCGCUGGAUCCGUACAGACUCGAGUCCAGGAAGAUCUUCGCCGUCAUCAAGGAGAUACUCCCCUCAAACCUGCAGAAAGUGGAGAAAGCUGGCAUUGACGAGAUGUUUCUCGACCUAUCUGCCCACGUUCACGCCUUAUUGCUCGAGCGCUUUCCCGAGUUGGCUAGCGGCCCUCCGAAAGGCGACCCAUCUGAACCCCUACCGAUGCCCCCAAUCUCCGCCCUAGACUGGCAGGCAGACGCCCUUGUCGACUUGGAUGACGAGAAUGCCGAACUUGAAGAUCCGGACUGGGACGACGUGGCCUUCUGUGUGGCAUCGGAAGUUGUGCGCAAUGUCCGCGCUGCAAUCAGAGACAAGCUCCGGUACACAUGCGCUGCCGGUAUCGCUAGGAAUAAACUCCUCAGCAAGUUAGGCUCCGCUCAUAAGAAGCCCAAUCAGCAGACUGUGAUACGGAAUCGGGCAGUUCGGCAGUUUCUGUCGGGCUUCAAAUUCACCAAGUUUCGGAACUUGGGCGGAAAACUGGGAGAGCAAGUGACGCGAGAAUUCGGGUCGGAAUCUGUCCCGGAGCUUCUUUCCGUCUCCGUCGAACAGUUGAAGCUGAAGCUUGGUGAUGAAACAGGCGUUUGGGUCUACAACACGCUGCGAGGUAUCGAUACAAGCGAGGUGAACCCUCGUACUCAGAUCAAGUCAAUGUUUUCGGCAAAAUCCUUCCGGCCAGGCAUCAGCACAGUUGAGCAAGCAACAAAGUGGCUCAGAAUCUUUGUUGCUGAUAUAUUUGCUCGCUUAGUCGAGGAGGGCGUGCUUGAGAACAAGCGCCGUCCCAGAACCAUCAAUCUGCACCAUCGCCAUGGCGGUCAGACACGUUCGCGCCAAAGCCCCAUACCCCAGGGGCGCUCUCUCGAUCAAAAAACUCUGCUUGCGCUUGCCAAAAACCUCCUGAACCAGAUUGUUCAAGAAGGCCAAGUGUGGCCGUGCUCUAACCUCAGCCUGAGCGUUGGUGGUUUCGAGGAUGCCGUCUCGGGAAAUAUGGGGAUAGAUGGGUUUUUGUUAAAGGGAGAGAAAGCGCAAGCGCUUACUCCUGGUUCUCGCACACGGCCAGAAUCCGAGGCCAGGGAGCAUCACCAGUCAGCGGAAAAACGACGGCGCUUGGAUGACGGAGGUAUCCAACGUUUCUUCUUUAAGAGGGGGGUGGCCGCGCCUUCGGCUCCUACUGAUAGCGUCUGGAGGGAGGAUGACGGUACAAUGCCGGGCAACCAGAGGGCAGAGGACGGUCCAGGUGCGCUCGAAGGUGUGGAUCCUUCAUUCAUACGGAACGGCGCACCCGUAGCCAAGACUAGUGACCAAAGGACAGUCGGCGUCGAUGGUCACACUUGUGAGAGGUGCGGCAAAUAUCUGGAGAGCUUGGAAGUCCAGAGCCAUCAAGACUGGCACUUCGCGAAAGACCUCCAGGAGGAAGAACGUGGCAUGUUGGCAUUUGGCAACCAGUCCUCAACCGGCACGGGCAACCCGCGUUCCGACGGCCGGAAGGGACCUGCAGCAUCAAAGCGAUCAGGGAGGCCGAAGAAGACGGAGCGCGGCCAACAGAAGUUGACCUUUGGUUGAGCAAGGCGAGAGAGCUUUCAAC